AUGUCAGAGACUGCAUCAGCGAAUGUGAAAACUAGAUUCCUGGUUUUUUCCGACACACAUGGGCUUGAUACUCCACCAAACUUUGUCUCGCGCCAUUAUGCGGAUGUCGCAAUUCACUGCGGAGAUCUCACUACCGAAUCGAAAAUCGAUGAGUACAAAGCUUCGAUCCGUUUCCUCCAAGCCGUGAACGCCCCGCUUAAACUUGUGAUCGCCGGUAAUCAUGACUUCACUCUGGACACUCCAAUGUUCCAGAAAAAGGUCGCGGAAGCCCAACCCUUAGAUCCUCAACUAGUUCAAAAAGUCUACGGCAACUAUGAAGAAGCUCGAGGGUUAUUCGAGAAAGAAACAGGUAUCACUUUUCUAGAUGAAGGUAUCCAUUCCUUUCGCUUACAAAAUGGUGCUCUAUUGAAUGUUUAUGCCAGCCCAUACACCCCAUCACUUGGGGAUUGGGGGUUUCAAUAUCACCCCGAGCGCGGACAUGACUUUCGAAUUGAGAAUGUCGAUGUCGUGAUGACACAUGGGCCGCCAAAGGGAAUUAUGGAUUACACACACUCUGGCCAGCGUGCCGGCUGCCCACAUCUUUUCAAGGCUAUAGCUCGAGCCCAACCUCGACCCCUGAUGCAUUGUUUUGGUCAUAUCCACGAAGGAUGGGGUGCCAAGAUUGUUCGAUGGCGUCAGAAAGUUAGCCUAGAGCCUUCUCACUUGACUGAUAUCGACAACGAAAAGUCAGUCCUCCUAUCCCGACUCUCUACCAUCAAGGGUAAAGGGAACCCCACAGAGUGCUCUACUACAAGUAAUUGCUCUGAGGAUCACAAUCCACUGAAACGGGGCUCUGAAACACUUUUUAUCAACGCCGCGAUUGAGGGCUACGAAGAUCCUUCGAUACAGCCACCGUGGCUUGUCGAGCUCGAGCUUCCAGCAGCGGCGUGA